AUGGCAGCACAAGCACUUGAACUUUUGAAGAGGGUCACAUAUCACAACUGCGAGUGGUCAAAUGAAAGGGGAAAUAUAAGGAGGACAGCAGGGAUCCUGGAAUUGGAUGCCCUAAGCACGAUAAAUGCUCAGUUUGACCAGCUGAUAAAGAGGCUUGACAGAAUAAGACUCUCUCAGAUGCCAUCCUAUGCCAAGUUCUUUAAGGAAAUUUUAUCAAAGAAAAGAAAGCAGAAAGAUUAUGAGACGGUCGCUCUUACAAACGAAUGCAGUGCCAUAUUGCAAAAUAAGCUGCCACCAAAACUCAAGGAUCCAGGAAGCUUCUCCAUAUCUUUUCUCAUCGGUAAUAUGAAUAUAGACAAGGCCCUCUGUGAUCUCGGAGCGAGUGUAAGUCUAAUGUCCUUAUCAGUAUGUCAAAAGCUGGAGGUAGGAGAGCUUAAACCUACAACAAUUUCAUUGCAACUGGUUGAUCGAUCUGUCAAAUACCCUGUGAGAAUUAUAGAAAACACCCCCAUUAAAGUGGGAAAAUUCUUCAUCCCAGUUGAUUUUGUUGUCUUAGAAAUGGAGGAGAAUGUCCAAAUUCCUAUCAUCCUGGGGAGACCUUUCUUAGCAAUCGCCGGAGCUAUUAUAGAUGUUAAAAAUGAGCGGUUAACUCUCAAAGUAGGAGAUGAAGAGGUAGAAUUCAACCUGUUCAACACGAUGAAGCACAAACUUAAACCUGAUGAAUGUUUUAAGGUUGAUAUAGUUGACAAGCAAGUUGAAGAAGAGUUUCAAAAAGUACAUCCUGAAGAUCCUCUUAAAGCAUGCAUUGUGCAAAGCCACACAGUAGACAAUGAGAACAUAGAAAUUACAGCUUGUGAACAAUCUUUAGCAACUAAUCCACCCACACCCUUAGCUCAAGCUUUCAAGGUGGAGGAGCUAAAGGAGGAGCAACCCAAAAGCAAAUCAGAGGACAACACUAAACAGGUAGAACUUAAAUUUCUCCCCUCCUCAUUAAGGUACGCAUUCUUGGACUCAAACUCUAAAUAUCCUAUUAUUAUCAAUGCUAGCCUAUCUGAAAUAGAAGAGGAGAAAUUGUUAAAGAUGGGUAUUUAG